AGUAAUUUUCGUCUGCUUACCCUCAGACAACAUGACAUUCGUGCUCUUUCAGCAAUUAUGCAAUCUCUGCAAAGCCAAAAAAUCAAGGUCCAAUUUCCGUUGGCUUCCACUUGGUAUGUGGCUCUGUUUGUAUCAGGAAGAGGUGUACUUCACUAAAGGAACAUCUGAGCAUCAACAAAUAUGGGAGACUGGGGAUUUCUCUCUGCUUUACUAGACAAGGUGCAGUCCCACUCCACCGUCAUUGGGAAAAUAUGGAUGAGCGUUCUCUUCAUCUUCAGAAUCUUGGUGCUGGGAGCAGCGGCCGAGAACGUAUGGAGUGACGAACAAUCUAGCUUGGUCUGCAACACAUUACAACCUGGUUGUGAGAAUGUGUGCUAUGACUGGCAGUUCCCAAUCUCUCACAUCCGCUUCUGGGUGUUGCAGAUUAUCUUUGUGUCCACACCGACUUUGGUGUACCUUGGCCAUGCGGUGACAAUCAUUCAACAAGAAAACAAACUCAGGGAGAAGAUACAAAGUCUUGGUGAUGGGCAUAUGUUGAAGGCACCUAAAUACACAGAUGAAAGUGGCCAUGUCAAGAUUAAGGGAAACCUGCUUGGCAGCUAUUUGACCCAGCUGUUCUUCAAAAUCAUCCUGGAGAUUGCUUUCAUUAUUGGACAGUAUUAUUUAUAUGGCUUUAUCAUGAUUGCUAAAUUUACUUGUUCCCAAUCCCCUUGCCCCUAUACCGUAGAAUGCUUCAUGUCUCGUCCCACAGAGAAGACCAUCUUUAUUAUCUUUAUGCUGGUGGUAGCUUGUGUGUCUCUUGUAUUGAAUGUUAUAGAGGUGUUGUACCUGUUAUACACCAAGGUGGGAUGUCGGUCAAGCAAGCGACGGACUCAUAAUAUUACUUCAGCUAAAAACCCUGCCAGCUUUUCUCCUUCUUGGCAGCCGAAGUUGAGCGCUGAGGAUGCUCUGAUGCAAAACAAGAUGAACAUUCAGUUGGAGAAUGGCCAAAGUCUCUGAGGAAGUUUGGAUGGGGCAAAAGCUGAAAAACAAUUGCUGGCUGACCAUUAGAUGCUGACUUCUGCAUUCCAGAGAUUCAGGCCACGUGCACACUAAUCUGUUUAAUUUUAAAACUCCAUUUUCAGUUUCCUAACCUUAUUAAUUUUUCAAAGUAUGAGGUUAUGGAAAACAUUUUCGAAAGUUUUAUUUUUCCAAGGAGGACAACAUUAUUCUCGUGUGUACUAGAGGGAUAAACGUAGCAAAACAAUGCAUUUUUUAAAAAGAAAAUGUAUUCGUGUGGACGUGGCCUCCAAUUUGACAAAACUUUAGAAUUCUAACAGGUUUUAAAGACCACAUGAAGACAAAACUGGAGGCUGUUGUGGCUUUUAGUCCAUGUCUGUUAGAUUUGAGGACAUCGAUAAGCUAAUGUACUCGUAAAAAUUUAUAAAAUUUACUUUUAGCGGGUAUAAAUGCAUUUCAUAUUUUGUACAUUGUGUACAUGCUUCUUAAUGUUAUGCCUUUACCUAAACCCCCUAUAUCUAAACCUAACCACUGAGUACAGUCCCAAAGCAUGAUUUGAAGCAGAAAGAAUAUGUUAUGUACUGUAUAUGAGGAAAGAAAUGACUUGUUGCGUUUUAGAAGGAAACGAGGGAGAGUCAACUGUUUGGCUGUUGUACCACACAACUUUUGUUAGGUCUUGAAGAAACAAAGGAAUGAAGAAGCAUAAAGAAUCCAUUUUCUUUAUGGAAGGGAAAUUCUGAGGAAGAUUGAAUUGAGAAAAGACUUGAAAAAAGAAUUUCGAUGAACUAGUUUUUAAUGUAAUCAAACUUAAUAAAAGCAAUUUUACAA